AUCAUUAGAAGUCAGUUAACAUAAGUAUGUUGUUAGGCUGAGCUGUGAGGGCUCGCCCUUGACCACCAAAAAAGAAAAAAAAACAUUUUAAGUCUGCUGAAAUUGAACUGCUGCUUGCACAGAGCAGAAAUUAGGCAGUCAGUAGGAAGUUUAGAUAUCAAGUCUAGAGUGAAAGAACAUUUUCUUCAAGCUGGCCAGCAAGCAGUGUUUUAAGCAGCAUGAAUCCUGUGUUCGGGACCUUGUUAUUUUCACUGUUACUUCUUCUAACUCUCAGGAUUCAGGAGCUGAUAGAAGCUUGCAGCUGUGCUCGUGCUCAUCCACAGCAACUCAUCUGUGAUUCUGCUUUAGUGAUCCGAGCAAAAAUUUCCAGUGAAAAGGUGGUUCCAGCUAAUGAUGACCCUCUUGACACUCACAAGAUGAUCCAAUAUGAAAUCAAACAAAUCAAGAUGUUUAAAGGAUUUGAAAAAUUGAAAGAUGUUCAGUAUGUCUACACACCUUUUGAUUCUUCUCUCUGUGGUGUGAAAUUAGAAGCCAAUAACAAGAAGCAAUACCUCCUUACAGGACGAAUUUUAAAUGAUGGCAAAGUCCUUAUACAUUUGUGCAAUUACAUUGAACCAUGGGAUGAUCUGACACUUUCACAAAAGAAAAGUCUAAAUCAGAGAUACCAAAUGGGCUGUGGAUGCAAAAUUUCGACCUGUUACACAGUGCCCUGUUCCAUCACUACACCAAAUGAAUGUUUGUGGGUAGACUGGCUGAUAGAAAGGAAGCUUUAUGGGCAUCAAGCAAAACAUUAUGCCUGUAUCAAGCGCAACGAUGGAACAUGCAGUUGGUAUCGAGGUGGUCCUCUUCCAGAAAAAGAGUUUAUUGAUAUGAGUGAACCAUGAAUUGUGUUAACUUCUUGAAAAGCUGUCUGCUCAUUGCUUUGAACUUUCAAUGUCUAUCUGUUACUUAGAAACAAAAACAAUUUUUGCUGUGUAAAAUACAGUGUUCAUAGAAUUCGGACCAAGACAAGAGGAGGAGCUAUCUCUUGGAGAUAGCUCCUAUCUAAGUUUCUUUUUAUAGAGGACAGCUACAUGGAAAUUUUGUUUUUUUUAAAGCGUGACUUUAUUUUUAUCGAAAUGAAUGUAUCCAUACACAAGUUGGAUCAAAAUUUGGACUCUUGAUAAUAAAUUCAAUAAAAGAACAUUUUGUUUUUUACCCAAAACAAAGUUCCUAAGGAAAUAAGUGUGAUUUUCUUACAGCCAUAUUUCUUUGUUCUGAGAUCAAAGAACUUGGACAGAAUAUACAUAAGAUGCACUGUAGUAACUUGCUGUAAAAAGUCCAAUGAAUUGAUUUUCCCAUUUCAGAUGAUGUAAAUUAAAAUUUUGUGUGCAUGUGUGUAUGAUUUAAAACUCUUGUCUUCAUUUCUUGUAUGUUGUUUACCAUGUCUUGUGUAGCCUUGUUUGAAGGGUUUGUUCUUAGCUAUAAUACAUCACUGAUCAUUAAAAACAGAUCCAAUGGAUUUGAAUAUACUGUAAAAA